AUGUUUUGCAUAUCACAAGAUCAGAGGCACGGCAGCACAUGGAGCGUUUUCGAACUCUUGGUCAUCGCCAGUUUGCUGAGAGUCACUUGUCAGUCCCUGCAGACCGCGGCGGUGAAAGGAGUCCUGUUUUGUGGACACAAGCCGGCCGGAAAAGUCAAGGUCAGACUGAUGGAUGCCGACAUUAUUUUCGACGACCUCAUGGACGAAGGCUUGACGGAUAACGAAGGAGCAUUCUAUCUAAGUGGAUCCGAAAGCGAAAUUACAAACAUCGAUCCAGUGCUGAAGAUCUAUCACAAUUGCGACGACGGAUUUAUGCCAUGCAGCCGACGGUGGACGAUCACCAUUCCAAGCCAGUACGUCACGGAUAAGGCAGCCAAGGUUACAAAGGUGUUCGACAUCGGCAGAGUCAACUUGGAAUGUCGGAUACACGAGGACCGAAACUGCUUCUGA